CUUCGGUGCCGUGGCUAAAUAAAAAUAAAGAUUGCGACAAUGUGAAUCGAUAGCCGAUUUCACAUUCGGUGAAAAGAAGGCAGCGUGGGAUUAAUAACGCGACGAUUUGCUCGGAAUGCCCCUGCAAAGUUUACCGGGUCCACGAUCGCCCCUUGCAUGUCAAAGGUCGUUCCAAGCUGCCGUGUUUAUGGCUCUGGAAGGAGUAGCCUGCUUCUGUGCUCGAGGCUACACGGCACCCAUCGAGAUUGCAUCUCUCUCUCGGUGCCUGGGCCACCCGGCAUCAAUCAGUUGUAUCGCUCACAACGACGAGAAGAUGCUCCAAUGUGAGAAAGAAUUCCACGAGGCGGCCAAACGGAAUGAUGUGGACGAAAUGGAGAAGCUGCUGAAGAAAGUCAAGGUGGAUGCUAAGAACAUGCGUGACCAAACGGCGCUGCACUUUGCGGCAGGGAGUGGCCAGGAGGACGCCGUCAAAUUGCUUCUGGAGAGAAAGGCGAACGUGGACAAGGCGGACAAGUACGGGAUGAACCCUCUGCUCAUAGCGGCUUGGUUUGGACACCUGGAGGUUCUCAAGCGCCUCGUGAAUGGUGGAGGGAGAGUCUCCAGCCAGAACAAGAAUGGCCUGAACAUUUUACACUGUGCUGCUCAAAGAGGACACGUUGAGACUGUUACAUAUACCUUGGAGUCCCUUGAAGACCUCGGCAUUGAGGGAAAAACCAACGCUGAGAAAACGCCGUACCUACUGGCGGCCGAAUACGGACAACUUGCAGUGCUCGAGCUUCUGAUGGAUUACAAGUGUGCACAGGACGUCAGCGAUGGGGAGAAAAACACCGCCAUUCAUCUUGCGGCAAAAAAUGGCCACAUGCUGUCGUUGGAGCAUUUGCUGGAGAAAGGCCCUGGGAGAACUCUGGACUUUGUCAACAGCCAGAAUAAUGGAAACACAGCCCUCCACCUGGCAGCAGAGGGAGGGCACCUGGAAUGUGUGCGGAUGCUGCUGGACUGUGAAGCGAUCUGCGAUAUCAACGCACUCAACAACGAGUCCAUGAACGCCCUUCAUAUGGCUGCCAAGCACGGCCACGAGCAGAUCGCCAAACUCCUCAUCGACGAGACCAUCGACAUCAAUGCGAUCAGCACGAAACAAGCCUCCCCGCUGCACCUGGCAGUUCAAAACAAUUACCCCAUCAUUGUGACCUUCUUGGUGGAAGCAGAGGCCAAUAUUAAUUUGGUUGACUGUAGGAAUCAGACAGCCCUGCACAUUGCAGCAGAAACUGGCUUCCAGGAAUCGGCAGACUUACUGUUGGCUGCUGGGACUGACUUGGCGGUAUUAGACAAGCAAAAGAAGAGCUGCCUGGAGGUGGCAGCCAGGGCUAACCAGGUCAACCUGGUGGACAUGAUCAUCAAAGCCGAUCGCUACUUCACUCGCAGAAAGCAAGAGGACGGCAACAACGAGGAGAGUGUCCUUGGAGCAGUCACGUUCCGUCCAGACCGACGAGCCGAGACGCAGCACCUGAGGUCCGUUCUGUGGGACCUGGCGAGGGACAAACUCCGGCCAGAGGAGUGGCAGCAGCUUGCCACACAUUGGAAAUUUACGGAGGCACAGAUUCAGGCCAUCCAGCAGCAGUGGGAAGGAAAAAAGACCUACAAGGAGCAUGCCCACCGCAUGCUGCUGGUGUGGCUGCAUGGAGUGCUGGAGUUCAACGAGAACCCAAUCAAGGCUCUGUACGAGGGGCUGGUUGGCAUUGGGCGCAGGGACCUGGCAGAUUUAAUGAGGAGAAAGGCACAUGAAGAACAUGUGGCAGGAAAGAAGUGUACAGUGUCGUGACAUUUGCAUCGUCGUUCAGCGGAAAGACAAUGAAGGCCACGCCUACUGAGAAAUAAUAAACACGCAACAGAUUAUGUAUUUUCAUAAAUGCCUAAUAACAAUAUUGCAUUGUUUACUUCAAUAUUUACAAGAAACGCAUACUUGUAGAAUGCACCAAAGUGCAUUAGCAUUGUACAUUGGAACUGGCGAGUAGGCAUUUUAUUAAUUACAUGCAAUGCAAUUGCCUGUGUAUCUGACCGGAUAUUGCAGUGAGGGAUUACAUAACUUUUAUAUUGCUCUAGUUUCUCCUAGACUUGUUUUCAUAUAUAGAGCAUAACUUUUAUUCAGUGGAAGCGCAGGUCAGGAUGAGAAGUUUCAACCAGAUUGGUGAAACCAACGUUUAGUUACUUGUUCAUGUUUACAUGUUGAACUUCUUGCGCGCACCGUACUUAGGCAACCGUGCUAAUCGGAGAUACAUGACACCAAUAUGGGACCUUUGUCCAAGAAUCAAAGUAUGAAAAUAUACGAAUAGGUUUUACUUUUAUUUUGCAAGGAAUAAAGCCUGCGUUUACCACAAGUACUCGUGGUGAACAUGCAAACAGACUAGACCCUAAAGAAGGCUGUCUCUGGUGUAGGCCAAUUAGUUUCAAAGACAAUAUAUAUAAUUAUCAGAGCAUGUUUGUUUGCAUGUUCACCACAAGCACGUGUGGUUAAUGCAGACUUGAUUCCUCGCAAAAGGUUUCUAUUUAGUGUUUGAACAUCUUAACGCCUGUUUUAUUACCAACGUGUAAAACCUAUUCUUAUUUUUAUACAUGACACGUCUGCAUUUUAUGCAGUAUAUACAUAACGAUAUCUAUAUUUUGGAUUAUUUACAUUUCUGUAGUAUAAUUUUUUUUAAACAAAUAUUGUAUAAGGCUCCAUCUUUGGCCUAUUGCAUUUCUCCAUCUAUCAUCUUCCAUAAAGCUGAGAACUAUUGAAGAUGCAAUGCACAUCUUUGUGUUGUCAAAUCUUUUUUCCAGCCUAUAUUUUUUUCUGUUGGUAUGGAUGUUCAAAAUUUACAGAAUUGAUUUAUUGCCUUAAGGCAAACUCAUGGGUUCCCAUUGUGUAAAGUUGAUCUAAACUACAAAAGGGCCACAUAUGCGGUGAUGUUGAGCUGGUGGCCUUCAUACGACUGAGGGCUUUUGUACAUCUAAUGCACACCUUUGUGUUGCUACGUCUACCUCGCUUUUGGCAAAAGUUUGGCUUUACAUAGACAUUGGCUACACUGAAUCCAGGUCAUCUUUCAAUCUUCCUUGUGUUCGUCUGGAAAAGUUGAAACUGCCUAAAUGAACACUUAAGUCAUCCUCACUCGCAAAGCGAGCCCUCAAUAUAUAGGGGUAUUUGUAUACUUGUGUGUACUAUACUGGAAAUGUCAUCAAUAUGCGGUUUCUGAAGCUACGGAUGCUGCUGCUCAAAAUUUUUUUGAAGGUAUUACUGAUGACAUUGGUGAUGGUCGUGGAGAUGGGAUUCGGGUGUGUAGUUGUGCCAAUAUUCACUGCACCAGGCAUCAAUUUCAUUUAGCGUUAACCUAAUGCUCAGAACAGGUACUAAUUCCCAGCCACAUCUAACACAAGUAGGAGGUGAAAUUGUAUUUAUUCCUGGGCCUCCCCGAAGGUCAAGUCAGAAUUAAAUCAGUGCCUGGUGCAGUGUCUCCUGGAGAGACAAAGGCAACCUGGUGGAGUAGUGGCCACACUACACCUGGUUAGUGAUCAGAGAUGUAACUCACAAACCGGCUGGGCUGUGAGAUAACCAUGUGACAGUACAACACAGAACUUUGUGUCAGUUAUUAUGGUUUCUUCCUGCAUCGUUUGCAUUGUUAUUCUGGUUUAUUCCUGCAUAUUUUGCAUUAUAUUCAUAUUCAAUACCGUCACCAACAGCAACAGAAAACACAAUAACAUAAUUAUAAAAGAUUUUUAUUUUUAUAGAAUCAUCCUUGUUUCCA